CUGUGGUUGCCUCCUUACUCCCUGUCUUCACUACUCAGGAAUAGGAUAUCUCCCCAGAGGAGAGGCACUUCAGCAGCAGUAAGAUCUGUGUCUUUUCUCAGCCCCAGUGACUCUCUGUAUCUCCAGAUAAAGGACUUUGUUUCUCCUAUAAAUAUUCAAAUUGAGGGAAAUGUGUAGGGUGACUCUUGGACUCAGUCUUCUCCCCUUUAAAGGUCUCUGUGUUGUCAUAGGACGGCAACAACAUGUCUAGAAACCCACGUGCACCAGAUACGACAGUAGUGGCCAGGGAAGAUCACCACGAAGCAGAAGAUUUUGAGAUGACCCUGGCAGAGCUGCAUGCCCUGAUGGAGCUACGAUCUGUGAAUGCUCUGAAAAAAAUAAAAGAAAGUUAUGGAGAUGUCUUUGGAAUCUGCACACGGCUCAAAACAUCCCCCCAAGAAGGGAUAAGGGGAGACCCGUUAGAUAUAGCCAGAAGGCAAGCAGUUUUGGGGAAGAACUUUAUACCCCGCCAAAAACCUAAAUCAUUCCUUCAGCUGAUAUGGGAAGCAUUACAGGAUGUAACAUUAAUUACAUUAGAAAUUGCAGCCACUGUAUCACUAGCACUUUCUUUUUAUACCCCGUCACGAGGAAAAAAUACAGUGUGUAUAGACAACCAUUCUGCUACUGAAGAGGGUGAAAAUGAGAUGGCUUGGAUUGAAGGAACUGCAAUUCUUUUGUCCGUAGCUUGUGUAGUAUUGGCAACAGCUUUAAAUGAUUGGAGUAAGGAGAAACAAUUUAGGAGGUUGCAGCAUCGUAUUGAAAAAGAACAGAAGUUUGCUGUCAUCAGAGAUGGUCAAGUCAUCCAAAUACCCAUAACUGACAUAGUAGUUGGGGAUAUUGUGCCUAUCAAAUAUGGUGACCUUCUACCAGCUGACGGUGUGCUUCUCCAAGGGAAUGACCUCAAAAUAGAUGAGAGUUCACUCACAGGAGAAUCUGAUCAUGUUAAGAAAACUUUGAGUGGAGAUCCCAUGCUGCUUUCUGGUAGCCAUGUGGUGGAAGGCUCUGGAAGAAUGGUAAUAACUGCAGUGGGUGUAAACUCACAGAUGGGAAUUAUCCUCACUUUGCUUGGAGUGGGAGGAGAACAAGGGAAGGAGAGAGUGAAAAAGAAAAAGAAAGAACAAGAUGGCUCGCCUGAGAACAGCAACAAAGCAAAAGCUCAGGAUUAUGCAGCCACAGAAAUGCAGCCUGGAACUAGUGAAGAAAGCACUAAUGGAGAAGAGACAGUCAACAGGCAAUCAAAUUUGCCAAAAAAAGAAAAAUCAGUCCUACAAGGGAAACUUACCAGAUUAGCAGUUCAGAUUGGCAAAGCAGGGUUGGCAAUGUCUACAAUCACAGUGGUUGUCCUUAUAGUUUAUUUUUUAAUUAAAACAUUCUUGAUUCAGGAGCAUAUUUGGACUGCUCAGUGCACCCCAGUUUAUAUAAAAUAUUUUGUGAAGUUCUUCAUUAUUGGAGUUACAGUCUUGGUGGUGGCCGUGCCAGAGGGUCUCCCACUUGCUGUCACUAUUUCACUUGCCUACUCUGUAAAGGAAAUGAUGAAAGAUAAUAACCUAGUGCGGCAUUUGGAUGCUUGUGAAACAAUGGGCAAUGCAACAACCAUUUGCUCGGAUAAAACGGGAACAUUAACCAUGAACAGAAUGGCAGUAGUCCAGGCUUUCAUCAGCGAAAUGCAUCAUAAAAUUAUUCCUGCAUGUGAAUCAAUUCCUCAGACUACUCUGAACUAUCUUUUAACAGGUAUUUCUGUGAAUUGUGCUUACACUUCCAAAAUAUUGCCUCCUGAAAAAGAAAGUGGCUUGCCACGUCAGGUUGGCAAUAAAACUGAUUGUGCCUUGCUGGGAUUUCUUCUGGAUUUAAAACAGGAUUAUCAGGCUGUAAGAAAUCAAAUACCAGAAGAAAAGUUGUAUAAAGUAUACACCUUCAACUCUGAUAGAAAAUCAAUGAGUACGGUAUUGAAAAAUGUUGAUGGUAGUUACCGAAUGUUCACCAAGGGUGCUUCUGAGAUAGUACUUAAAAAAUGCAACAAAAUCUUGAAUGCUGCUGGUAAACCUAAACCAUUCAACUCAAAGGACUAUGAUGAUAUUGUAAAAAAUGUGGUCAAACCUAUGGCUUCUGAUGGACUCAGAACCAUAUGUCUAGCAUUCAAAGAUUUCCCAGCUGGGCAGCCUGAACCAGAGUGGGACAAUGAAAACAAUAUUAUCAUGGAACUUACAUGUAUUGCAGUUGUUGGCAUUGACGAUCCAUUGAGGCCUGAGGUUCCUGAUGCAAUAACAAAAUGCCAGAAUGCUGGCAUCACAGUGCGUAUGGUUACUGGCGAUAACAUUAAUACUGCACGCACAAUUGCUUUGAAAUGUGGUAUUUUGCAUCCUGGGGAGACCUUCCUUUGCUUAGAGGGAAAAGAGUUGAACAGACUAAUUCGUAAUGAAAAAGGAGAGAUUAAGCAAGAGCUCCUAGACAAGAUUUGGCCAAAACUUAGGGUGCUUGCAAGAUCCUCUCCCACUGACAAACACACAUUGGUAAAAGGUAUAAUUGAUAGCACCAUCUCAGAACAGAGACAAGUUGUGGCAGUAACUGGCGAUGGUACUAAUGAUGCACCAGCAUUGAAGGAAGCAGAUGUUGGUUUUGCUAUGGGCAUUGCUGGAACAGAUGUAGCUAAAGAAGCAUCGGAUAUUAUUCUCACAGAUGACAACUUCACAAGCAUCGUUAAAGCAGUUAUGUGGGGCAGAAAUGUAUAUGACAGUAUCUCCAAAUUCUUGCAGUUCCAGCUUACUGUCAAUGUAGUAGCAGUAAUUGUUGCAUUUGUGGGAGCAUGUAUUACACAAGAUUCACCACUGAAAACUGUGCAGAUGCUGUGGGUGAACCUCAUUAUGGACACAUUUGCUUCUCUUGCUUUAGCUACCGAAAAACCAACUGAGUCUCUCUUGCUACGGAAGCCUUAUGGAAGGAAUAAACCCCUAAUCUCCCACACAAUGAUGAAAAACAUUUUGGGUCAGGCAUUCUAUCAGCUUGUGGUCAUCUUUACACUUGUUUUUACUGGUGAAAAGCUUUUCGAUAUUGACAGUGGAAGAAAUGCUCCUCUGCAUUCCCCACCCUCCAAGCAUUACACAAUUGUAUUCAAUACUUUUGUGUUGAUGCAGCUUUGUAAUGAAAUCAAUGCCCGAAAGGUUCAUGGUGAAAGGAAUGUCUUUGAGGGAAUAUUCAGUAAUGCCAUCUUUUGUGCUAUAACUGGUGGUACAUUACUUGUACAGUUACUGAUAACAACAAUUCCAAAUAGCUAUUUGAAGUUCUUGACAGAACUUGGUCGUGGGCGACCAAAGGAAGAAAUCUUUGAGGCAGAACUAGCUGAAGGUGCAGGAGAGAUUGACCAUGCUGAAAGAGAAUUAUGUCAUGGUCAGAUCUUAUGGUUUAGGGGGAUUAACAGAAUUCGAGCUCAGAGCCAAGUAGUGAAUACAUUUCGUACUUCCUUUUACGAGGAGUUAGAAAAACCACAAACACAAAGUUCAGUUCGCAGCUUAAGAAAAUCUAAGCAAUGAAUUUUAAGUCCUACCUUCCCAUUAUUGAAACAUCACUCAAAAAAUAAUACUGGGCUAAAUGUUAACGCAUUCACUGUGUUAAGAAAUAUAUGGCGUUUUUCACACACGGUGAUAACAAGACACUCUUUUUGUCUUGAACUGCAAAGGAAGGCACACUGGUGUGAAUGGAGAUUCAGCAUAAAAAGGCUGCUCCUAGCUGUACUCAAAAAUGGGACUGAAGAGCUUAUUAACAGCACUUAUGUUUAUCUUGAGCCUUUCAUUUGGCUUUUUUGAGGGAAAGGGGUGAGCAU